UCCUUAAUAUUAGAGAUUAUUUUCUCUUUUUCAUCCUAAUUGUCGCUACUUAUGUUUUUAACUUUUAUUAUAAAUACUUAACUCGCCCCAAUCCACUCCCUGGUCCAUUGCCUUUACCAUUCUUUGGAAACCUUCUUAACGUCGCUUUUUGCGAUACAAAACUAUUCUAUAAUAAAUGUCGAUUGGAAUAUGGAGAUAUCUGUGAAAUAAUGUUAAAUGGACGUAGAUAUGAACUUGGAUUUUACGGACGUGGAAUCGGAGCUAAUCAUGUUUAUAAAAGUUGGAAGUAUAAUAAACAGUUCUUUAUUCAGGCAUUAAUGGUACCUAGCUUUAUGCAUACGGCCAUAAAUUCUACAAAUAAAUUAUUUGAAGAAUUGAGAAAAUAUUGGCAGUCCCUUGGAAUGCAAAAUGCCUCAAAUAAUAAUAACAACGAUAAUUGGAUUCUAGAAACAGAUUUUUCUGAAUGGUUUCAUGCAUUUACGAAUGAUAUUAUUUCAAUAAUAACCACUGGUGAACGUACAUAUUCAAUUGCCUCCUACUAUAAUACGCAAAGUACUGUCAAGUCUGAAUAUCCUGAUGCAUUAGUUGAAGAUGGGAAUGAAUUCGUUAAAUCAUUAAUAAAACAUGUUGAAAGUCUCAUACUCUUCACGUUGGCUGGCCCAUUCCUGAGACAUUACGUUCCAAUUAUCAGAAAUAUGGCAAAUGCUUACUUAAAAAAUCGCGAUUAUCUACAUGAAAAAUUAAAUCUCAUGAUUAAAAAGAGAAGAAAAGAGAUUGAAGAAAUGCCAAUGGGUGCAGAAAUGAGAACUGAUAUGCUGACUUCCUUAAUCAUUGCAAAUACUGAAAGGGAUACAUUUAAUGCAAAAACUGUAGGCGGUGAGACGUUUGAACCUAUGAAUGACGAAGACAUCAGAAGUAAUUUGGUAGAAGCUUUCGGAGGUGGAACAAAUACA